UGGCUUAGAUUUGGUCUGUCAGGGUUGGGUACUGUUACAUGACUUCUGUAUCCUGUAUUAGGGUGUGCCGUGCUGAGCUAACAUACAAGUGUGCUGAACAACUUGCACCCGAGGCAGCUUGUUCUCCAAAGUUAUAAAGACCUGACCGACCACCAUGGGGGAGGGAAACACGGCAGGGUAUGUCAUAGUCUUCUUUGUGGUGGGGGUGCUCGUCAUGAUCAUCACGCUGCUGGCCUUGUCCUUCCAGCGCCUGGAGUCUGACGAAAUCGGUAUUGUGUACGACACCAUCCAGAAGCACCUGGGGUCAGAGGUCAAGCAGGAGGGCCUGCACAUAGGACCUGUGGGCUUCGUGUUCAUCAAGUUUCCUUCUGUCUUCAAGACGCUGGGGUAUACCGACCUCACCUGCUUAGACAAGGAUGGGGUUCCCAUAGUGCUUGACGUUGCGUUCCAGUACCUGGCUCGACCCUCCGACCUGCACAGGAUCGUCAUGGAGUUCCGGGACCACGAGAACUACGUCAACGUGCUGACAACCGCUGGGGAGGCUGCCAUGCACGAGGCCUGUAGUAAGUUUAACACGUCUGAGUUCCAGUCGGCGCGUGCGCUCUUCACCGAGGAAGUCCGGGAAACUCUCAGCCUGCGGUUCAAUGACCUCAGCUCCGACAUUACAGACCUGCAGGUCAAUGACAUUACAAAGCCUCCAGCUUACGAACGUGCCGUGCGAGACAAGGAAGCUGCAAGAGAAAACAUCCAGGUUGCUGAGAACGAGCGCCCGAGGCAGCUGACCCAGGCCAGGACCACUCUGAGAGAGGCGGAGACGCAGGCGCAGAUCGCCAUCAACAAGGCUCAGUCUGAUGCCAGGAUAGCUAUCAGCAGAGCGGAGGCAGAGGCAGCGGCUAUCACCAAUGAAUACCAGACUGAAGCCGACACCUACGCCACCAUCAUCCAGAGCCAGGGUCUCACCACUGAGGGCUUCCUCGCUUAUAUGGGUGUACGGGCUAUCGGUUCCUCCAAGAACCCGGUGUACGCAGGUGUGAUGGCCCCAGCUAAGACAUCGUACCUGGGAGAAAAAGCCUGA